ACUUCCUGAAAUGGAGAGCCUGUGUUGAUACUUGGUACAGUUAACCACUGCUAGCACAAAGCAGUCCACAGUUAACCGUCCCUCAGCUGCACUUUGGGUUUAUUAACCCGUUUCAACAAUGGUAUGGUUCUGUUAGCAGGGGCGCCUGACUCCCAGCUUAGUGCCCGGCGAUAAGGCCCCUUCUCUGGGCUUUGAGCUGAAGCAGCCCCGUUACUUUGGUAGCUGGUACCUUAGGGGGGUGCAAACAUGUUGAACGGCGUGGCUCUGCGGGCUCAGAUCUCCUCCAUUAUUGAGGUUUUAUCCAAAGCAGCUGUGGCAGAGAUCGCCAAAGUUGUGGAGGAUGGGAUGGUGGUGCUGCGGCUGGAAAUGUGUCAGCGUGAAAAUGAGAUCAAGAAGCUGAAGAGCAGCAUCGAGGUCCUGCACGGCGAGCUGCGAUCAGCCCGGGAGAGAGCCGAGAACCAGAGACCUGAGAACCAGAGGAGAGAUGGUGAGAUGGACCACACCCAGACACACCUGUACUUUACUCACAUAAACCUUAAAAAUGCAUGUAUUGAUCAUGCUCUGCAGCUGCUCUCUGUGAUAGCGGUGUAAGGCACAUGGGUACAGGGUUUUUGAGGGAUCAACAAGCGCAAAUCUGUGUUUUUAUGACUUUGAUCUGACCUCAGAGUUUGUCUUUAAGGAUUUGAAUCACACCACAUCACCUUCACAAAGAUCCGCCUCUCCUGGGCAAACAUAGUCCUCCCUGCCCUGCAGCACUGCCUACACCCUGAAUAAACUUUAUCACAUGUAUAAACUCUACAGUAAGAGAGACAGCUGCUGGUUUUCUCCACCUGUGACAGCUGCAGAGAUGAUGUGACAUCUGCCAUAACCAAAAAUAAUACACAGAGAUCUAUGAUGCUGCAGUGUUGAGUUUUAUUUCACCUUUUCAGUCUGAUUCUUUGCAGUAGCUUCGCCCAAAUCAAAGCGUCAUUUACAUUAUUUACAGUGGACUUCCUGUGGAAACAUAAGAAUUAAAUCCCUGAAAAAGGGGGAGUGGAAAAGUGAUGAUAUCUUUAAUGUUUUAUUAUCUUUACCAGGGCUUGACACUAACUUUUUUGCUGAAAAAGUAAGGAGCACUCAAAAAAUCAAAAAUUGAUCCUAGAAUGUUUGCCUUAUUGGUCGACAUAAAUAUUAAUAUUUGAAAUGAAUUUUAGGUCUUUUGAUCACAUGACAUGGAAGAUAUUAAAGAAAACGUUAAAAUUUGCCCUUAAAUUUAACACAAAAAACUUAUUAGGACAAAUUAGGGAAAUAAAGAGACGUGUCUUAUUGUCCAACUGGUCACUUGACAUGGACGCUGUUGAAGGAAAACAGCCUUUUUUGAAAACAUCAACUGGUCAUUUAUUGAUGGUCCCUUAAUUAACACGGCGAGGAUACCGCGCAGAUUUAACCGCGCUGCUGAUGUUAUUCCUGGUUCUGGAGAGUGAGAAGACACCGGUCGAUCCGCCUUGAAUGUCAGUCUAAUAUCCAACCUAAAACUAACUUCCUCGCAAUGUUUACAUGAAAAAACAUUUCUUGUCUCGGCUGAUUUUUUUAUGCGAGUGAAACUGUUGCACUGUCGAGCCUUCGUCUUUACUGUUCACCCUAGUUGUUGCUAAGUUGGCGCAUCAUUGUACAUGAUGUAGAAAUAUAAGGUCAAAUGAAAAGUAAUUUUCCAGUCCAACAUUUAUGAUAAAGUGGAAGUUAAUUGCUUUCAUUUUAAUCUUGUAUCAGCUUGUUGGCUGAAGCUAGCGUAAAAUCUUCCUGAGGCCAUCAGGUGGGCAUUUUGUCACUCAAGGUGUUUUAACUUCUUCAUAACUUAAGCUACAAGAAUAAAAGAGAUGUCCAUUUGAACACACGACCACAAGCUUUAAUCCAAAAUAAGUGUGACAACCAACCCUGGUCUCCCCUACAUGUGUGAAAAGGGCUGUAACGUCGUCUCCCCAGUUUAAAAAAAAACCCCUGAAACCAACAUUCACCAAAUAGAUUUGAGCAGUCAGUACGUGAAGGUGGUGAGGCUUUCAGCAGCUUUCACUCUCAGGGUGGGUGAGACCAAACAUAGAGCUAAAAGAAAGUAGAUAUUGCUCUGUACGUGCAAAUAACAACCAAAAAAUGGCCACAAGAGCCACAAUCACAUGAUAUAUCUGUGCCGUGUUGACAACCUGUUCAUAAAAAGUGAGUUAUUGCAGGUUUAAUUCACUAUUUCACAGCAGAUAAUACUGUGAAAUAAUGGACUGAGGCGGUAGUGUUGUACUCCAUAAAGCAGCUUUUGUGCUCGUGGAUGAGAGAGUCAGAUUGCUCUGGUUUUUAAACUCUCAGCACACUUGUGUCAUUUUAUUCUGAAUAGUUUGAUUAUGCUGCCAAAGAAAACACUUGAUAGUAUUGUUACCUCCUAUAAUGCAUGGAUUUAACGCUCAUAUUGACAGAGAUUUGCAGAAAUUUACUUGAAUGCUGGUUUGAAACUGACUGCUCUAUUCCUUUAUUAUUGCUUCUCCGCAGACAUUCAGAGCGGCGUUGUUGAGGAGAGGAACUCGCUGGAGAGUGUGCAGAAUAAGAAAGAUCAGAGCAGCCCGUCCUUACCUGAGGUGAAGGUAAAAAAUGAACCUGCAGAAGAAAGAAGCGGAGGAGCCACACAGCCUGGUCAGCAACCUUUGUACAAUGGAGACGGUGCACAGUGGACACAAAUAACACCAACUCAAGCUGGACACAGUAACUCUGAGUAUUUAAAUGUGCAGCAGAACUCUGUCCCGUAUCUUCCUGGAUCUUCUCUGAACACGGCCCUGGGCGAGCCCUGCAGCAGCUCUGGAGGGUUUCAGCAGAGCCCGUUGAGCAGAGGCCCGCUGGGUUACAGCCAGUACCGUAACAUGUACAAUGCAGUGAGGAGGAGGAACGUGAAGAGGUUUAUGUUCAAGAAAGGCUACCACUGUCCGUACUGCGGGAAAUACUUUGAGCGCUCGGGGCACCUAGAGAGACACAAGAGGAUUCACACUGGAGAGAAACCGUUUCGCUGCGAGAUCUGCGGGAGACGCUUCAAUCAGAAAUGCAGCCUGAAGGAGCACAUGAAGAUUCACAGGAGAAGUGAGUACAGACAAAUUGAUAACUUUUCCCAGAGUUUUGAAACUUGAGUCUUUAAGGUUUAAUUUAGUGGUAAAUUACUAAUCCUAACAUUUUUCUGCCCUAACAGAUAUCCAGAACCAACUCGCUGAGAUCCAGAUGACGGAACAGAAGCAGAUCUCUGAGCUGAACCCGUGUCCUGAUGCGCUUCGCCCUAAGGAAGAGAGCCGAGCAAACGAAGAGGCUGAGCAACCAAAGAAUGAACUUAUAACUCAAACACCCGUAACAGUAAAAUCAGAGCCUGUAGAAGAAACGAUAACACAGCCAACGGUUCAAGAAGUAAAACAGCAGCCGACUGAAGGAGUGGACAACCAUAGUGAGCAGUUCAGAGAGUCCCAGCCGUGGAUUCCCACAUUACAAGGACAAAACAGCACAGAGAUCAGCGGUGCAGAGUAUCUCGGCAGCUCGGCGCAGACUCUGAGAUCCUACCCUGAGAUUACUCGGUUACUCUCUCCUCCCAUCGAAGCUUCUUGUAGCACAUUCCCCUUCCCAGGGAAACUGUACAGAGAAGAGAAAAACAACACGAUAUCCCAAACAGCGUACGGAUCCUCAGACACGCUCAUGAUGUCAGGUGAAGCAGGGCUGCACAGUAUGGCGGGAUCCAUGCUGAACCCGCACGCUCAGAGAGGAGGACGGCCUCUGCAGCUGCUCAAACCAAAGAAAUGCUUCCUCUGCUCGUACUGCGGGAAGAUCUUCGAUCGCUCCGGCCAUCUGGAGAGACAUCUACGAAUUCAUACCGGGGAGAAACCAUACGGCUGCCACAUCUGUGGAAGGUGUUUUAACCAGAAGAGCAGCCUUAAAGGUCACAUGAGGACACACAGGAAUGGUGAGAGAAAAAAAGACCCUGCUGCACUCAUUACUAUUAUUUUCAAACCAGUAUCAUGACUGUGUCUCUCCGUCUUUCACCCUCUCUACGCUGUGGUUGUGAGUGUUCAUCUGUUUACUGUAUUUCUGCAUUUUACAGGGGAGAACACAGACAUGCUGGAAGCUCAUCACCUCAUGUUUACGAUGCCUGAUAACCACCUACUGAAGGACCUCGGAGAACCUCAAAACAGGCCGACUGCUUCGGAUGAGCAGCUCCCCGCCUCUAUGUACACUGAGGCAGCUGGUGACCAAGCAGCGAUGGUGGAUCUGGAUGUGGAUGAGAAGGAUUUUCAGGCUUUAAAUCAGACAGGAGACAACGCCGGCACAGGAGCACACGACCAAAACCAGCUGUGGACGUCUGGAUUAGAGAGGAGCGGCGAUGUGUCUGAGCAGAACGUCUGUUUGCUUCUACCUGACGUCAAGUAUCACCUCAGCCCUGUUCCUGGUGCAGCUGAUGGGCAGCUGGGGUUUAUCUCACCGGUUAAAGAUCUGCCCUUUAUAGAAAAGAAAGAAAAAGAAGACAUGAUGCACAGUGAGCAGUUUUCAUUCACAGGAGUGCAGCCGAGAGGCUCUGAUGUGACUCUAACGCCUGAGCUGCAGGAUAAACACAUCAUCCAGGCUGUGACUGUGAACGAGUUCACCGGGACCAGUGACCGGACGCAUGACGGAGGGGUGCUGGAGUUUGAGAUGAUCACCUCAGUCAAUGAGGACAACUGUGGAGAAGGAGCAACAAGACAGAACUGGUUUAUAUGCUCGGCAUGCGGGCAGAGCUUCGACAGUUUCAGUUUGUUUCAGAGACACCAGUGCCAGACUGUGACCAAGCAGACGCUCAGCUGUCACAUCUGUGGGAAGACUUUCACUCAGUUAGGCAUCCUGAAACUGCACCUCAAGCUUCACACUGAAUCAAAACACCAGUAACAUUAACAGCAAAGGAAAAUCACUGUAAAAUAUCCUCCGAUGAGCUUCAUCACUUCCUGUUUAGAUAGGGAGCAGAAAAUCUCCGGGGUGCAAAACUUCCAAAAACAAAAACGUCAAACUUCCUUCACAUUGAUUCAAUUUCGAUCAAUGAAGUUCUUCCUCUUCAGAAGCUCCUGUGAGGAGGUUUCAGUUUGUGUGGAUUCUGGCGCCCCACUGUGGACAAAGCGGUAACUUUAAUGUCUUUUCUGAUCACAUCCUCAGCUGGAGUUUGUGGAAACCAAACAUCUUGUUUUUAAUAGUUCAGAGCAAAGACCCGCAGUCUUCUGCGUCUUGUUGUAACCAGUUUGCUUCAGCUAAAAUUUACCACUUCAAAUAUCAGCAGAUCUUACUAACUGUAGAGAGACGGUCUCAAGUAUGUUUAAAAUCAAGUUUUGAAAAACAGAUCAGACUGUUAUUUUCAGCUGCUGUGGUAACUUUCAUGUGUUUCUGAACCAGACUGUGAUUUUCCUCUUUAUUCAGGAGAAAUAAUCAAAUGCACACUUCACUCCCUCUCCAUGUCAUCAUCAGUCUUGUUUCUGAUCGUCUAGUUUGGUAUUAAGAGCCGUCAGUAUUAACUUGAUUCUGUUUUCAUGACUUGUUCAAAACUUCUCACAGGAACUUAAAAGUUUUUCACACAAAAGGUCUCUGUCUACUUUGACCUCCUCCAUCCUCUCAGUGGCAGACAAUUUGUCUGUAAGAUGACUGAGUGUUGUCGACACAGACAGCUGAAGCUGCUUAAAUCUGCUUUUAUAACGACCACAUCACGAUUAGAAGAAAACUAACUGUGUCAAGUGUUUGAAGUGGCAAUUAAAUGUUCUGGGCUGCAGCCAAAUCUGUCACUCUGAAAUCUCCUCUAAGGAAAGUUUAACUUUUAUUAAAUUGAUUAAAUUAAUAGAGUUUGACCUUAAGGAGCAAACUAGACCAUCAACAAUACGACUAAUUGUUUUGGAAGUUUGCAGCCACUGUUGCCGGGUAGUAACAUGACAUUAUAGAAGAAGAUGCUUUCAUGUGUUCAUGUGAAGAUCAGCCAAGCUUUGUCCACAGGGGGGCGCCAAAGUCACUGCAGCAUACAAGAGCUCUAACUGAUUAUUAUUAUUUCAAUGAUUUGAUGAUAAUUUUAUUUUAUUCAUUUGAGAAGAAUGGAAAAGAUAUUGAGUUUGAUACAGACACUGAAGUCUUUUUUUUUUUUCAAUGUGCGAGUAAAUAUGAUCCAGUUCAUGUCAGUCAGAUCAACACGACAUGUUUGUCACCGUUUUAAACAGUUCAGGCAUUUCAUUAAAAUAAUUUCAUCAUUGUUCCUUUAAAAUAGGAGGUUAUGAAGAUGAAUGUUCACUGAGACCUUAAUUACUUUACUGAAGAACGCAUUUAUCACCAACAGUUCAAUUUUCUUUUUCAGGAUUUGUUUUUCUCUUCAGUCUGAGAGAAACAGGAAAUCAUGCUGGAGUUUAAUUUGUCAUUGUAAAAAAACAAGCUCAUCUUUUCUUUUCAGUAUUCAGAGCAGAUCACAGCUCACAUAGCUCAUAGAUUUCACAUGUUCGCUCUCGUUAAAGCACAGGGUUCUCAUGUUUCAACAUUACAUGUGUCAUAAGAGGGUGGGCGCUCUGCCAUUGUUACCUUUAAAGUAUUAAGAUUUACUGUCAUGGUUUGGAUCCUCAUCAGUUUACUGUAUCUGUGUGCAGAAUAAUGCUCCAAUUUUAUUGUGAAGACGGCGGUGAAAUGAGGGUGAAACUUUAAGCUACAGUUUAAAUGAUCACAGUAUUUACUUUAAGAUAAAGGAAUGAAGGACAGUAUUUCUGUAGCAUUAUACUGGAUACCUCAGUCUGUUUUUGCCUUUGACAGUUUUAACAAUGUUGGAAAAAAAUUCCGAUUUUAGAAAUACUGUAAACUAAAUUUGAAAAAAAUUAAAAGAAAAUGUCUCGGAGAAGGAAGUUAAAUUAUUCUGGAAAACGAUUAAUUGUGUAGAGUUCGUAAAACCUGAAAUACCUCACUGUCACACUAAUCAAAGAGAAAUUUGAAGCUUCUUUUUGAUUUCAGCAUCACCGUAUACUGAUUUCUUUUGGCUGAACUGUUUUAUUUAUCAGACAGUUGUAUCAACACAGUCAGCAUGAAGCCUUGAAGAUGAAAAACUGCUCCCAGUCAAAUUAAAUAAACAGUUCUGAAUAGUUCUGAGUUUUUGCCGCCGCUUGCGCUCUUUUGGAGAGGCCGGCGUGACUUUAAGACAUCAUUGAAACAGUUUUACAGAAGUAGCACUCCAACCAAACAGACGGACAGACAGACGGAGCUGUUUGCUGAAACAGCAGGGUUUUAAAUCUGAAACUUGUUGCCAGAGUCUAAGAACUUGAUGGUGGUAAGAGACUUUAAGUAGUUCUCCUGUAAAAUAAAGUGUUUUUAGUUUGGUUUGGUAUUUACUACUUAAGCUCAUUGUCAAUUUAAUGUCCACAUGUUGCAUGAUUCACAGACUGAACAGUUAAUCACAUGUUAGACGAUGUUAAAUUAUGUUAUGGAGAUGAAACUUUUUUAUUUUUAUUUCAAUUUUUAAAUAAAUUUAAAAGGGAAGUUUAACAAA